AUGCUCACUUCAUAUUUAAAUUUUAAAUACUCACCCACUUUGAGUUCAACUUUGAAAUUACCGGCUGUUUCUCAGAGUUCCUUUUCAUCUCGCAAUUCUCCUGCUCCUUCACCAGAAUGGUGGACCUUUCCAUAUUUUAGAUAUAUGAUCGCAAAAGAUAAUCGAAGGGUAAAAUUUGGACCUAUCACUCAAAUCUUAUUUGAUGGUUCAUUGUCCUUUCCAAAUCCAGAACAAUAUUAUUGUUCCUUAUUUCUUCAUCCGGAAUUAUCGGCGCGUCAAAAACUAGAGGAAGUUAACGUCGAAAAAACUGUGGUGGCUGUUGAUCAUGAAAAAACCACCGACAUGCAUUUAAAAUGGGCAAAUUUCGCGACUGAAGCUAUCUGGCGUAUGUUGCCGAAAUUACCACAAAAGUUAAAUCUUGGUGAGGACUUUAAAGAGUUUGGUUAUAAGCUUAUCAAAACCACAGAUUGUUUAGGUCCCGUGGUAAUAAUAAUGCUUAAUUAUGUUCAAAGGAUUCUAUCAAGCGGUAAAGAUUUUGAUAUAUAUCCUUAUGAUCCGGAAUUUGUCCUGCUCGUGGUUGGAUUGAUAUUAGCUCAUAAAUGGCUCGAAGAUUCUACAUAUUCAAACAAAUCAUGGUCUGAAAUGUCGGGUAUACCAUUAGAGUUAUUAGGGAAUAUGGAACGGGAUUUUCUGUCUAUUUUAGACAAUUCAAUUUACAUCAGUGAGCAGGAAUAUAAUAAUUGGCUUCUAUCUCUGUUCGAUUAUCAAAAUUUAGAAUUGAAUACGACUAAUAUUGUUGAUUUACGUCCUUUUCAAGAAAAGAAUAAUUAUUCUUGGCCUAAAGUGAAUUUUCAAUCAGCCGUGGGAGCCGUGAACACAGAGUUGAAUAAAAAAAAAUUGGAAGUGGAUUUUAGUAAUAUAAUUGAUUUGAUCACAGAUGAUAUGGAAAGUUUAUUUAAUGAAAAUUCUCCUUUCACCUGUCCAUUAACUCCGAAAGAUAAUUCUAUACCCUCGACAACAUCAAAAGACUUUCAUAAUACUUUUGAUAGAUUUACUCUUUG